AUGAAGAGUGUAGAAAGAAGUGAAGUUGUUGAUGAUGAGUUCUUUGAUUCAUCUGAUGUUUUGUCCAUUGGACAAGUAGAGGAAGAGGAGUUUCAAGUUUGGUCAGGUGAGCCUGUUAGUGUCGAGGAACGUCGUGAACGGUUCCUCAAGAAAAUGGGUCUAUUAGAGGAGAAACCGAACUCCUCCUCGAUGUGUUUCGAGAGGAUAAAUGAUUUCAGCGAUGAGGUUACUAGCUCUUCAGAGUCAUCUUGUGGUGACAGUGAGUUGCAGUGUUGUGUUAGGGAAGAGAACUAUGGAUCAACUAAUUCAAUGUCUGAUGAGGAAGAGAAUGAAUCAGAACAAAACUCAAGUAAUGCUUCUUCAUCUAGUCCAUCACCGAGUUUCAGCAAGAAGACGAGCGCGAAGAAAUGGUUGUUCGAAUGUUUCGUAGGAGAAGAUGAUAGACAUUUCGAAUACAAGUCCAAGGAAGAAGUGAUGAUGAGCAAAGUGAAAGUGAAGACUAACAAGAAGAGUCAUGUGGAGUUAUCUGCAGCUUACAAGGUACAAGAGAUUAAUGGACACAAAGGGAAGAUUUGGGCGUUAAAGUUUAGUCCGGAUGGUAAGUUCUUAGCAACCGGAGGCGAAGAUGGUGUUGUAAAGAUAUGGAGAAUCACGUUAUCAGCUUCUUUUGUCGGACAAGAGCUAAUGAGGGAACAAGGAGCAUUGGUUAUGUUCCCUCAAAAAGCUUUUAAUAUAGAAGAAACACCGUUUCACGAACAUUAUGGUCACACUGGAGAUGUCUUGGACUUAGCAUGGUCAGAUUCAAAUUUGCUUCUUUCAGCUUCUAAAGACAAGACAGUUCGGUUAUGGAGAAUUGGUUCUGGUCAUUGUCUCCAUGUCUUCCAUCACAACAACUACGUGACGUGUGUUCAGUUCAACCCUGCGAACAAGAACAACUUCAUAAGCGGAUCCAUAGAUGGAAAAGCUCGAAUCUGGGGUGUAUCAGAACAACGAGUCGUCGCUUGGACCGACGCUCCUGACUCCAUUUCAGCGAUCUGUUAUCAACACAACGGAAAUGGAUUCGUGGUUGGUUGCAUCACCGGAGAUUGCAGGUUCUACCAAAUCUCAUGUAACGAUGUGUUAACGGAGGAGCAGAUUCAUAUCCGGGGACGUAACAGAAUCACCGCCUUGGAGUUUUGUCCUGGAAGCUCCGAGAGAGUCAUGGUAUCCUCCGACGAUUCGAAGAUCCGUAUUUUCGAUAGAUCACAACUCGUUCACAAAUUCAAAGCCUCGGCGAAGUUUGGGAGACAAUCGUCGGCGUCGUUUGUUUCUUCCGCCGGGAAACAUAUUGUAUCAGUGCGACGAGGACACGGUGUCUUCCUCUGGGAGAACGAUGGAUUUCCGGCGAAAAAGUCGCGCUCUUUCGAGUAUUUUAACUCGCCGGGUGUUUCCGUCGCGGCGGCUUGCUCUCCGACGGGAAAGGAAGUGGCGAUAGCGGCAGGAGAAGACGAGGAAUCUCGGCGAGCGUUGAGGCAGAGUCAGAGCUCCGGGAGAUUGUCUCGUUCCUCUCGUGUAACCGCCACGUGGCCGGAGGAGAAGCUUACGUCCUCCUUAUGCGGGGCGUGGAGUCUGGUGAUUGUUACGGCGAGUUUAGAUGGGGUGAUUAGGACUUUCCAUAAUUACGGAUUGCCAUGUUAG